AAAAAGAAGAAAAAAUAGAAAUAGAGGAUAAUUCCUUCCAUUGUUAAGACUUUAUCCUCCCUUAGCGCGGGAGAGUGAGAGACAAUCAACAAUCAACAAUCAACAAUCAACAAUGGCUUCUGUUUUUCUUUCUUCAAUUCCACCCAUUUUCAACUCUCUCUCCAAACCAAUACCUCACACUCUUUUCUUCAGAAAUCAGAUAAAUUUCCCUGUUUUCCAGAAAAAUUACAAAUCUGAAGGGAAAUUUAUUGCAAAUUCCAGCAUUUCAUCUUCACCCAAUUCAGAAUUUGGGUUUUACAAGAGGGAUUUGUUGCUCUUUGGCUUCUCUACUUCCCUGACCUUAAUCUUCCCUAACCUUGGAAUUGGUGCUGAGGAAGAGGUGAAAAUGGCUAAUUUUGUUGAUGAUAUAAAUGCAUAUACUUACUCAUAUCCCCUUGAACUUCCCUCCAAAAAGCGCGUCUUUAAAUGGGUGGAAUCCAGAAAGCCAGAAAGGUACUCAUCAGCUGCUCCUCUGUCACUGCUGUGUUGUGCUAUCGACAACCUCAUCAUAUCUGUUACGAUAGGUCCUCCCAAUCCAGAGUUCUUGAAAUCAAAAGAUAAGAGUACAUGGAAAGCAAAAGAUGUUGCUGAUUCAGUUUUGUCUGACAAAUCCGCAUUACGAGUUACUUCAACUCAAAAACUGGCUGAGAGCUCCAUACUUGAUGCACAUUCAGAUGAAGUUGAUGGUGAACAAUACUGGUUAUAUGAAUACUUGGUCCGAAAAUCACCAACCAAAUCUGCCCGGGAGUCGAACAACUAUAGGCAAUAUGUCGCUUCUACCGCUGAGCGUGAUGGCUUUUUAUAUACUGUGAACGCUUCAACUCUGAGCAAGCAAUGGGAACUUAUGGGACCUAUUGUGAAGAGUACGGUGAACUCCUUUCGGCUUCUUCCUGCAACUGAAAAUUAUGUCUCUCCUUCCAAGGAUCCUUGGAGAUUUUGGUGAUUAUGCUUUUUGAUCAGUCAUCUAGUGCUCGUGGCCUCUUGCUCUAUCCUAUAUGUGGGGGAAAACGUCGAGUCAAAUGCAUAUUGAUGAUAUUUCCUUUGCCUUAUCGAGUUUUGGCACAUUUCAAUUAUGUUCUUGAUCUGAGCAAUGCAAAAAUUUUCUGAUACACGACAUUGAAAGAGAGUUGAAUGUAUAUGUAGUGGCUUUUAUGUUUCUUUGCGUAGGUUGGGGAGAACUUAUUCAUGUUGAUUUAUGGAUGAAAUGUUAAGCAAA